AUGGCGAGCUUGUCCGUCCCUCGCUCCGCCCCUCUCAUCACCGCCCCGACGCGCCCGCCAACCAGCGUGCGCCAUCUUUGCUUCAAAGACACCGCCGACACCGCCCACCAAUAGGCUCGCGAGCCGUGGGCGGGGCUCGGCAAGCCAAAAAGUGGUGGUUCCAGUGUAUCGCCUUGUAGUUUGACACCUGAGUUUGUGGGUGGCGUAGUCCUUACAAGGCCUCGUGGGCAGUGCCAGGCUCGUUGACUGGGCGUCCAGGUGUUGACCCUCGGAAGUGUCUCUCGUACACACUGGCAGAGGGAGUUUUUCCGCCGCAGCGCAAGGAAACACUGCAGCGAUGACCAUCCGGCCCAUCUUCUCGGGUUAUCCAUUCCAGGCUGGCGGUGUGUCCACAGGUCAGGGGCGCGUGAACCAGCUGGGCGGCGUGUUCAUCAACGGGCGGCCGCUGCCCAACCACAUCCGCCUCAAGAUCGUGGAGAUGGCCGCGGCGGGCGUGCGGCCCUGCGUCAUCUCCCGCCAGCUGCGAGUCUCCCACGGCUGCGUCUCCAAGAUCCUCAACCGCUACCAGGAGACAGGAUCCAUUCGGCCCGGCGUCAUCGGCGGCUCCAAGCCCAAGGUGACCACGCCGGACAUCGAGAAGCGGAUCGACGACUACAAGAAGGAGAACCCCGGCGUGUUCUCGUGGGAAAUCAGGGAUAGACUAAUUAAGGAGGGUGUGGUGGACAAAGCGUCGGCGCCCUCCGUCAGCUCCAUCAGCAGGAUCCUGAGGGGCGGCAAGAGAGACGAUGACCCGCGCAAAGACCACAGCAUUGACGGCAUUCUGGGCGGCGGCGGGAGUGACGAUAGCGACACGGAAAGCGAGCCAGGCAUCCCCCUCAAGCGGAAGCAGCGGCGAGCGAGGACAACCUUCACGGCCGAGCAGCUGGAGAUCCUGGAGCGCUCCUUCGAGAAGACGCAGUACCCCGACGUGUACACUAGGGAGGAGGUGGCGCAGAAAGCCAAGCUGACGGAGGCGCGGGUGCAGGUUUGGUUCAGCAACAGGCGGGCGCGACUCAGGAAACACCUCAGCAGUCAGCAGCUGGCGGGCCUCUCCUCCAGCAUGCCCGCCGCCGCCGCCAUGCCCGCCGCCGCCUCCUCCUACAUGAACCAGUACGCCGCCCCUGCCACCGACCACACUGCCGUCGCCGCCGCCGCCACCGCCGCCGCCGCCUACCACUCAUCCAGUGCGUGGCAGAGCUCAAGUGGCUACGACUACAGCAGCGCCGCCGCCGCCGCCUCCCUCAGCAGCGACAACUCCCACGCACUCAUGUCCUCGCCCAUGGCCGCCAUGACCUACCCUGUCACAUCCAUGCCCUCCAUGACGGCCUCCAUGACGCCCACCAUGAACUCCGCCGCCUGCACGGUGUCGGGCGAGGCAGGGUGGGGCGCCGGGAAGACAGUACCUUCCCCCCCCAUGGGCGGUUGGAACACGGGCUUUUCCACGCUGGGCGGUGAGCAAUUGGGCGGCCUUCUGGGGGGCCAGGGCUACAACAUGGGGCACGCCAUGGCCGCCCCCGCCCCCUCCAUGACCGACAAGUCCCACGUCCCGCCCACCACCGCCACCUACCCUGCUUACUUCCCCCAGUUCACCGACCCCUCCACCCUUAUGUGUGGCCGCGUGCAUUAGUCCCGCCCACGCCCUUGCACGCCACCUAACCUCCUUUUCACGCCCCUACUCCCUUCACCGUCGCCUUACUCCCUCUCCGUCCAAGCAGUUACCUCAUAACUCUUGUUCAUCUGUCGCCGUCCACAUCCCUCGCCCUGGCCACAGUGGAGGCGAGAGGAUGCAAAUGCCACCGACUCAGAAUCAUUAUAUACCUCCUCUACCUCACCCAGUCAUUCACGCUGCGUCCACUCUAACCUCUCACUUUUUACACUCCCAAUACUCCACCUUCACACUGGAACCUCGUGAGGCCAUGCGUGUUGCCUCAGUCUUGUAAUGUUUAAGUAAAUUUUUGUUAUCUAAUCCACCACCUCCACCUCCAGUACCUUAUGAAAACAUCACCAAUGCUAACACUUCACAAGACCUUCACAUUUAUCACUUUCAUCACCAAGAACACUUCAUCACCUCUCCCACAUCAUCACCACCACCAGCGCGGCCCUUCCCUGGAUCAUCUCAUCACUUCAUCGUCUUGUCUCCACCACCGCCGCCUCCGCCCGUCACUAGUGUUUCAGCUAGUGUCUCUUUAACUAGCUAGUGAUCACCUAGUGCGCAGCCAACCUUCCUCCAGCCCGCGGCCGCCACCACAGCGCCGCGGGACCGGAGUAACAGUUUGUCUACUUCGUCCUCGACAAAGAUCCACAAACGCCCAGUCCACCCAUUCAUCUCCCGACGCCCCUGAACCACCAAUCUUGGCUGAGCGCACACUGACACCUAAGUCAGCACACCACAUGAGGCGGAUCACGGUAGCCCAGCACAUGAUAAAUUGAAGGGCGCGCUGCCGAAAUUUUAUCUGUGAAAUUAUACUUCAGAGUCAGUGUGUUCGUGAGCGUACAAAAGUCGGUGUGAAGUGAAUACGUGAAAUGGGAAGAAAAGGUGCAAAGACGGAAAAUUCGCAUCAUUGCCGGAGCUGGCUGGUACAAGAUUGAACUGUUUAUGGCUUUAUGUAAUUUAUACCGGAAAUGUACACAAUAACAUGAAGUGACUGACGUAUGGCAAAAUUUAACAGCUCAUACCGCACAAAUAAUAAUUUCAAUGAUAAUGAGCAAGGGACAUUAAGAUAAUCAGUCCGUGCUUUUCUGGUAUCUAUGAAGCCGUCGUAGCGAGAAACAGUAUUGGAAAGAAAAAGACCUUGAGGUAUGUAGAAAACGGAAUUUCAGCCUCCAUUCUGCUGCCGCCCUAGCUGCCUGUGAGUGCCGUCCUCCGUGUGCGUGGCGUCCUGUGUGUUGGGUUCGGAAUGUGUCGCGCAGCUGUGUCACGGGGCAGUGUGCGCUGAGCCUCCCCGCGCUGGCCCGCCCGUCUAGCCGCCAGUGGUUGUAGCCAAAGGUUUAUCUUAGUGUUUAUUAGUCACGCCACUACUACUACUACUACUACUACUACUACUACUACUACUAUUACUACUACUAUAAAUAUUUUCCUUAUUAACCAAACCACUUCUAAAACACUACUACUUCUACUACUACUACUACUACUACUACUACUACUACUACUACUACUACUACUACUACUACUACUACUACUACUAUUUCUACUACUACUACUACUACUACUACUACUACUACUACUACUACUACCACUACUACUACUACUACUACUACUACUACUAUUUCUACUACUACUACUACUACUACUACUACUACUACUACUACUACCACUACUACUACUACUACUACUACUACUACUACUACUACUACUACUAGCCUAAAUUAAAUGUGUGCAGGUGAGCGUAGAAUUAAGAUUAAGACAUCUGGAUGAUAAUAUUACUACAUAACGAGCAGAGAGAGAGAGAGAGAGAGAGAGAGAGAGAGUUCCCGUGUUCGUCACCUUUCCUCUACCUACCUCUUCCUACCUCCCUCUCCCAUAGCUUGACUCUCCCUCUCAUGCUAUUCGUACUAAUUUUCAUCGCUUGUCUUCCUUUGUGUGUGUGUAUGUGUGUGUGUGUGUGUGUGUGUGUGUGUCGGUCCGUCCAUCCGCCAGUCAUCCUCCUCGCGGCGUGGAAGGAAGCGCGUAGCCAAGUACAGUAACGUAGAGGGCUGUAUAGUAGUGUUAGGUAGGCACUUUAUUACUUCUGUAUGGUUAAGAGGAUUAUAAAACUGGUAAUAGUAUGUCUAAAUAAACUACAUAACAA